ACGUAUUCUUUACAAAUUACAAUUUUACAGUGUGAGGGAGAGACGGUGAAAGGUAGAGGAACAUAACACAAGAAGAAAACAAACUCAAAACUAUUCAUUUGCCUCCAUUAUACCUCUGUGACUACGAACAGGAGAGGAUAGGGAAUGGCCACUGAACACUCCUCUUUAAAGGCAAGACAUAAAACUCUGUUAGGGUCACUCACCGACAAUAAAGGAUUGCUACAUGUUGAAGGAUUACUGGAUGCUGUUGUGGCAGUUUAUAGUGAUUGUAACUAUCCAACUUUACACAGAAAUAAGAACCUUGACACGUUCAGGAGAAGAUAUGAAGGAGUCGUUCCUGUUAUAUCAAACAAUCGUUUGUCGUCUCACGACUUUCAGUUGAUCAAAGUUAUUGGUCGUGGUGCUUUUGGUGAAGUUCAUUUGGUUCGAAUGAAAGAAACUAAGAAAAUAUUUGCAAUGAAAAUACUCAGCAAGUUUGAAAUGAUAAGGAGGUCGGAUACAGCUUUCUUUUGGGAAGAGAGAGACAUCAUGGCUCAUACCACAUCUGAAUGGAUUGUACAAUUACAUUAUGCAUUUCAAGACAGUUCCAAUCUAUAUAUGGUAAUGGACUACAUGCCAGGUGGUAAUAUUGUCUCUCUAAUGGAGAGGUAUGAGAUACCUGAGGAAUGGGCCCAGUUUUAUAUAGCAGAGCUAGUCCUGGCCCUAGAGGCAGUCCACAGUAUGGGGUACGUUCAUCGUGACGUCAAACCAGAGAACAUGUUACUGGAUGGAAGAGGUCACUUGAAACUAGCAGACUUUGGUACUUGCAUGAAGGUAGACAAGAAUGGUAAGGUCCGAUGUGAGACAGCAGUGGGUACUCCAGACUAUAUUUCUCCUGAAGUGCUCAAGUCCCAGGGAGGGGAUGGGUACUAUGGGAAGGAGUGUGAUUGGUGGUCGGUGGGUGUGGUCAUGUUUGAAAUGCUCUGUGGAGACCUCCCAUUUUAUUCCGACUCUCUCAUUGGAACGUACAGCAAUAUAAUGAACCAUAAGAACACGUUACAGUUCACUGAUGUCCAACUAUCAGCUAAUGCAAAGAAUAUAAUAGUCCAUUUCCUUGAGGACGCUUCAAACAGGCUGGGUCUUAAUGGAGUGGAAGAAGUGAAGGCUCAUCCAUUCUUUGUCACUGACCAGUGGAACUGGGAGAACAUCAGGUCAACUGUAGCUUACGUUGUCCCUGAACUCAAGUCAGAGAUUGAUACGGCUUACUUUGAUGACAUUGAGGACACUAGCACUCAACCCCAAGCAUUUUCACAACCAAUGGAAUUUCAAGGCAACCAUCUUCCUUUUGUCGGUUUUACUUUUGUUAAAGAUUCAAAUAUAUUAGAGGGAGAGAGGGAGCAGGUGAGCAGUGUUGAGGCCACACCCAUCAAACCAUCAAAAGAAAUUGAAGAACAAUUGACGCUAUUGACCAAACAAAAGGAAGACCUUGAAACCCAUAUAAAAAAAACUGAAGAAAAGCUUCAAAGAAUGGAGAAGGAAAAUAGAGAGGUUCAGGCAUCUUUAAACCAAGUAACACAGAAAUAUAACCAGUCGGAGAAAGACUUGGGUCUGUCUCGUAUUGACAUGAAAGAACUGACAAGAAAAUGUGAAGAAAAUGAAGAAACUAUCAGUCAACUACGGGCUCGUAUUAACGAAGCAGAGAGUCAAUUAAAGGGGGCGGAGUCUCCAUCUAAACUCUUAACUGAAAUUGAACAGUUGAAAUGUGAACUGAAAUCUGAGUUUCAGAACUCUGCAAGUUUGAAAGAAGCCACUCAGAAACUGAAACAGGAAUUGUUAGUGAAGGAGAGUGUGAUAGAUCAUCUUGAGUCCAGGAGUAAAGAGCUAUCAGUGGAGAGGGACAGAAUAGACUCUGACAUGAUAACUGUACAAGAUGAACUGGAGAAACAACACAAACUAACAGCUAAACUGAAGACCAGCAAUGAAGAACUUAAAAAAUUAUCUGAAACUCAGAACCAGUCAAUAUCAUCAUUGAAGUCACGUUUAAGUGAGAUCAGUGAUGAGAAUCAGCGAAUCAAGAGAUCUCAAGCGGAAUCAGAGAAGGACAAAACUUCCCUUGAGUUGAAUUUAAAGUCGUUGCAGCAACGUUACGAUCAAAUGUCCAAGUCACACGAGCAACUGUCAGUUCAGUUCAAAUCCACAUCAACGAGUGUUGAGGAGAGUGUGUCUCAGCUAAGGUCCCAGUUGGACUCUGAAGUAUCAGCAAGACAGACGGCAGAGAGAACAGCCAGCGACCUCGAGCAUCAAACCUCUUUUCUUAGAUUAGACUUGAAACAAACAAACGAAGAAGUCUCUGAUCUGAAGCAGCAGAUACACGACCUUGAAGAGUCUCUCCGACAAGAGAAGAGACUGAGAGAGAGAGAGGAGGCAGAGGCUAAGAAACAACAAAAAGAAUUGACUGAUCGAUUGGCUGGAAGAGAACAAGACAUUAGAGCUCAGCUGCAAGAACUGAAGAACGAGAAACAGAAAAUGGAAGAUACAAUUUACAGAUUAAAGAGUGAAGGGAAGGCAGCUGAUGCUUCAUUAAAGGAAACACUUGAAGAACUUGAACAAGAGAGAAAACUAACGAACUCACUACGUGGAAGAAUAAACAAUAUGGGAGAAGCUGGAGUCAACGAGAAAGAAAUUACUCGUCUGAAAUCUGAGAAUUCAGAGCUAAACUCAAAACUGGAAAACGUUACACAAAUCAAAGCAGCUGCUGAGGCUAAACUAGCUGAUUUUGAGAGGGAAAAGAUGAUGAUAGAACUGGACAUCAAAGAAAUAAUAGCCAGACACAAAACUGAAGUAACGGAGAGAAUGGCCUGGAGCUCAAAGAUGAAAGACCAAUUGAUUAUAAUGGAGAACAAACUGAACCAAAAGAACCUAGAGAAUGAACAGCUACAAGAUAACCUAAAAAGAGCCUUAAUACGUUUGGAUGAUUAUCAAACGUUUGAUGAAACUAGAGAUGACGAAAUAAAGAAAAUGUCAAAACAACUUGAGACGGAAAAGAUGAUGAAGAAGGAAGCAAUUAAUAAACUAACAAGAAUAAUGCUGGAAAGAAAAUCAUUGCCUAGUAAUGUUAAGAAGCCCGAGCCAAGAAGAGCUCACGAGAGAGAGAUUAGAAAGUUGAGAGGAGAACUGCAACAAGAAACUCAGAAAUAUAAACGUGUCGUUGAAAAAUAUCAGCAACAGCUGGAAGAAAUACAAAGACAAAUUCAAGAAGAGACUCAAAUGAGACUUGAGCUACAGCACCAGCUCCACACCAGUGAAGGAAAACUGCAGCAACUCCAACAGGGGAUUGGUAGCUAUGUGUCGAAUGGACCUUCUACUGAAACACAUGAUGGAGCAUCAGCCAUUUAUCAGCGUGAGACUCUGUUGGUUCAAGUACCCAAAGGAAACAAUGCAAGAAAGAACGGAUGGAAGGACGUCUUCUUAGUGUUGUCAUUCACGAAUAAGAAACUGCUGAUAUACGAUAGACCAGAGGACAUGGGAACAGACAUACCUCCUUCAUUCACUCUAGAGCUGUCCCAGGUCUACAGUGUACGGAGCCUAACUCAAGGGGAGCACGAGAGAGUGAGGAUCAAACCAAAUGACUCCAAGAGAGUGCUCCAAGUAGCUUAUGUGGACCAACAAUCUGAACAAUCUAUAAUAGCCCACCCACCAGUAGAAGGAGAGGUCCAUGUUCGUGGUCAUCAUUUUGUUGAGUCCAGGAACUCCAGUCGAUCAUCUUGUGAUGUGUGUGGGAAGACCCUCCCACUGGCACUUCUCAGCGGAGGAAUACUGGAAUGCAAACACUGUCAGAUGAAGUGUCACAAAGAUGAUGUGGAUAAAACUGACCUUAUAAGACCUUGUGUGGCAGGAGAACAAGAUCAAAAGAAGUUAUUAUUAUUAAUUAAAAGUGAUGAUGAUCGAUCCCGAUGGUUAUCAAUGUUACAAGCUGGAGAAGUUGUUCCUUCUAAUAAAUCACCUUCAGCCUCUAGUAAUUCGUUAGUUCCAGCUGGUGUUAAUACUAAAAGGGAUCGUACCAAUAGUUUAAGAUUCAAUAAGAGACCCACUAGUGCCCAGCACGGCAGAGGGUCCCCUAGUGGCUCUAGUAACAGAACAUACUCUGUAUCAACGCAGAGACAGAGGAGCACUGAUGUUGGUGGGGUCGGAGGAGGUGCGGCUAAUUAUGGUACAGUGCCUGGUCCCGGUGGUAUUGGUAUGAGACAGAUUGAGUUUGUUAGAAGCAAUGACUCCGAUACAAAUCCUCCCCAGUCUCAAUAGCCAUUUCAUCAUUAACAUAUUAUUAUUAUUAUUAUUAUUAUUAUUAUUAUUAUUGUUAUUGUUAUUGUUGUUGUUCUUCUUCUGUGUUAAUUAAUUUCUGCUGUUUCGGUAUAAAUAGUUAAAUGUUACAGCAGCAGUUUAUCCUUUUCUAUUUAUCUUUCUUAUGUUUCUGUUGUCGUCAAACUUUAUUAUUAUUAGUUUUAUCAGUUGUUGUGUAUUCAAAACUCUCAUAUUAUUAUUAUUAUUAUUAUUAUUAUUAUUACUAUUAUUGUUGUUAUUAUUUUAAAUGAUUUUAUUAUCACUUGUUCAUGAUAAAAUUGAAGGUCAUACAAGCAA